ACAAGGACUAUGAAGCUGCUUUGCUAUGCUGUGCUGUGCUGUGCUGGCUUCGCACAGCUUUCACUACUUUCUCUCUUGGUCUGGUUCAGAAGGGCUGGCUGCUAGUUGGUUAGUGGAGGGUUGUGUAUCCUAUUUCCAAGAAGAUUUUUUUUCUUAAAGAAAGUUGUAAUGCUCUUCUUCACCCAGUGUUUUGGUAUCUUCACGGACCUCAUACACCUCAGGUUUCAGCACACCUCCAAACAUAGGGGGGCUUUCUCAGCUGCUGGAAAACGUGUGUGUGUUGUGAACCCGGCCAGUCCCCUCAGGGAUGCAUCAGCCAGGAGUGGUCGCUACAGUUCUAGUUCCAGUGCCGGUCACACUGAGAACAGAGCCUCUCACCCCUGCGAUGCAGGAGUAGCCAUCCCUUGCCCCUGCUCCUGCCCUUUGCUCUCCUGUGGGUGGCAGGGGGACCUGGAGGUGGUGGCGCUCCACCUCAAAGACACACACAGGGCCUCCACCCUCCAGGGACAGCGCAUCGUGUUCCUGGCGUCAGACGUCCACCUCCCGGAUGCAGAGGACUGGGUGACGGUGCACUCCUGCCUGGGGCAACAGUUCCUGCUGGUGCUCAAGAAGCAGGAGCGGCGACAGGGACACCAGCAGUACUUUGCUGCCGUCAUGCUGCUGGGGCCCAGUAUGGUGGCUGAAAGGUUCACCUACAGGCUGGAGCUGAGCAGCGAACGCAGGCGACUGAGCUGGGAGUCUGCUGUGAGAUCCUUCUCCGAGGGGCUCGGCACUGUGAUCGCAGAGAGUGACUGCCUAGUGCUCAAUGCCUCUCUUGCUCACCUCUUCUCAGACAAAGGGAAACUGGGGAUCCGUAUUUCAAUAUCUGCUGACAAACAGGCAUAACACAUCUUUUACAUAAAAAAAAACUACAGGCAGUAUGGCUGUAUAUGCUAAUCCUUUACCUGGUACUGAAGUGU